CAAUCAAUCUGCUUCCUCCGUCUUUGCUUCAGGGCUUCAUACAGGAAAUCUAUUGCUGUGUCAAGUUCCAGAGAAAAGCUUCGUUCGUCCAAGUUACUAACCAGGCUAAACCACAUAGACGUGAAGGAAGGGUCUAGAAGGAAGGGAGUGCCCCACUGUUGAUGGAGUAAGAGGAUCCUGUACCGAGAAGCUGACCAGAGAGGGUCUCACCAUGUACACAGUUCCUUCUGUACCUGUGUGGAGGAAAAGUACUGAGUGAAGGGCAGAAAAAGAGAAAACAGAAAUGCUCUGCCCUUGGAGAACUGCUAACCUAGGGCUACUGUUGAUUUUGGCUGUCUUCUUAGUGGCUGAAGUGGAGGGUGCUGCUCAACCAAACAACUCAUUAAUGCUGCAAACUGGCAAGGAGAAUCAUGCUUUAGCUUCAAGCAGUUUAUGUAUGGAUGAAAAACAGAUUGCACAGAACCACUCAAAAGUACUCGCAGAAGUUAACAUUUCAUGGCCUGUACUGAUGGAUACAAAUGCUGUACUUUGUUGCCCUCCUAUUGAGUUCAGAAAUUUGAUUGUAAUAACAUGGGAAAUAAUCCUGAGAAGCCAGCCUUCCUGCACAAAAGCCUACAGGAAAGAAACAAAUGAGACCAAGGAAGCCAACUGUACUGAUGAGAGAAUAACCUGGGUCUCCACACCUGAUCAGAAUUCGGACCUUCAGAUUCACCCAGUGGCCAUCACUCAUGACGGGUAUUACAGAUGCAUAAUGGUAACUCCUGAUGGGAAUUUCCAUCGUGGAUAUCACCUCCAAGUGCUAGUUACACCUGAAGUGACCCUGUUUGAAAGCAGGAAUAGAACUGCAGUAUGCAAGGCAGUUGCAGGGAAGCCAGCUGCUCAGAUCUCCUGGAUCCCAGAGGGGGAUUGUACCACUAAGCAAGAAUACUGGGGCAAUGGCACAGUGACUGUUAAGAGUAUGUGCCACUGGGAGGGCCACAAUGUGUCUACCGUGACCUGCCAUGUCUCCCAUUUGACUGGCAACAAGAGUCUGUACAUAGAGCUACUUCCUGUUCCAGGUGCCAAAAAAUCAGCAAAAUUAUAUAUGCCAUAUGUCAUCCUUACUAUUAUUAUUUUGACCAUCGUGGGAUUCAUUUGGUUAUUGAAAAUCAGUGGCUGCAGAAAAUAUAAUUUGAAUAAAACAGAAUCUACUUCAGUUGUUGAGGAGGAUGAAAUGCAGCCCUAUGCCAGCUACACAGAGAAAAACAAUCCUCUCUAUGAUACUACAAACAAGGUGAAAGUGUCUCAGGCAUUACAAAGUGAAGUUGCCACAGACCUCCAUACUUUAUAAGUUGUUGGACUCUAGUACCAAGAAACAACAACAAAAGAGAUACAUUAUAAUGACUGUCUGAUUUUCUUACAGUUCUAGAAUGAAGACUUAUAUUGAAAUUAGGUUUUCCAAGGUUCUUAGAAGACAUUUUAAUGGAUUCUCAUUCAUACCCUUGUAUAAUUGGAAUUUUUUAUUCUUGGGUGCUACGAGCUAGUUCUCUGAAGAACUGAUGUUAUUACAAAGAAAAUACAUGCUCAUGACCAAAUAUUCAAAUUGUGCAGGACAGUAAAUAAUGAAAACCAAAUUUCCUCAAGAAGUAACUGAAGAAGGAGCAAUCGUGAACAGUUUCUUGUGUAUGCUUUCAAAAUAUUUUAAUGUACAUAUGACAUGUCUAUAUGCCUAUGGUAUAUGUGUCUAUUUAUAUGUCUAUUUACAUAUACAUACACAUAUCUUUGUCAAGGCACCAGUAGGAACAAUACACUGCAUUACUGUUCUAUGCAUAUGAAAACCUAAUAAUAUAAGUCUUAGAGAUCAUUUUAUAUCAUGACAAGUAGAGCUACCUCAUUCUUUUUAAUGGCUGUAUAAAAUUCCAUUGUAUAGUUAUAUCAUUAUUUAGUUAAACACAGCCCUAAUGAUAGACAUUUAGAUUCUUUUAAGUUUUGUUUAUUUCUUUUAAGUUUUGUUUGUGGUAUAAACAAUACCACAUAGAAUGUUUCUUGUGCAUGUAUCUCUUUGUUUUUGUUUGAAUAUAUCUGUAGGAUAACUUUCUUGAGUGGAAUUGUCAGGUCAAAGGGUUUGUGCAUUUUAUUAUUGAUAUAUAUGUCAAAUUGUGUCGAUUAUAUAUGUCAAAUUCCCUCCAACAUUGUUUAAAUGUGCCUUUCCCUAAAUUUCUAUUUUAAUAUCUGUAAGAUUCCUGUUUCUACAGUUGCCACUUUCUCUUUUAAUCAACCAGAUUCAAUAUGAUGUGAGAUUAUAAUAAGAAUUAUACUAUUUAAUAAAAAUGGA